ACACUUGAUUCACUUUUCAUUCUCCUCCAUUUCCCUCCAUUCAAUUCAUCUUUGUAAGUUUCACUUCAUUACUUCAUCAAUUCUUCCAUAGUUUUGUUUUUUAAUAUUGCUACUACUUAACCAUGACUCGAAUAUCCUAGUAUCCAUUUUAUCGAAUUUCGAAUUUUUUCUUUCUUCAUCAAACUUGUAUAUCCUCUAUUUGUCACAUCCAAAAAAUGGGUUGUUUUCUUAGUUCAACUAAAAAAACACCACCAAAUUCUAACACCAAAUUAGAAACCACAACUAUAAAUAGAUAUCCACCAAUAACACUUUCAUUUCUUGAGGAACAAAAAGAAGAAGUCAAAGAAAUUCUUUCAGAAACUCCAAUUAUUAUUAAUAAUAAUCCCAUUAUCCAUCGUACUAAUGAAAAAAAUAAUAUUCCAAAAAAAGAUUUAUCUCCGGAGGAAAAACAAUGCCAAAAUAAUAUUCAUGAUAGUCAUGUUUACAAAAUAGCCAGAAUUUUCAACCCGAGAGAGCUCGGGGUCAUUCGGGCCGGGCCGGGCUCGGAAGAGCCCGUGAAGGAGCUGGACAGAAGCAUUUGGGCUGGGCCCGGUCAAAAUGAGACAUCUAAAGAACUCAGCAGACAUAUUCGAUCCGGGUCGGGCCGGAUAGAGAUGAAAGGGGAGCUUAGUAAGAGCAUACGGGCCGGGUCAGACCCGAAAGAGAGAACCCGACAAAGGUCCCCCGCGAAGUACCGGAACACUUCUCCCGCUGGAAGGCCGGGUCAACUAUCCGGGUCGGGACAGACCCGGAACGCUUCUCCAACAAGAAAGUCGGGUCAACUAUCCGGGUCGGGUCAGGCCCGGAUCAUUUCUCCAUCGAGAAAAGAUAGUGGGGAGAAUUCAUGCAGGAGAUCGAGAUCACCAAUAAUGUGUGGAGAUCAAAUUAACGGAGGAACAAAGAGCAGUAUAAGCAGAUGUUCGUCUAUGAGGAAAUCCGGUAAGUCACUCGGAAGGGUGAGAUCUGAACUGGGUGACUGGCGCCGGAGUACGGCGCCAGAACCCAGAAAUGGUAGUAGGAGUAAUAGGGAAAAUAGAGAAAAUAAUAAUUAUAGGAAGCCUUUGCCAAGUGGAAUUAAUGAUUCUAUUGAAAAUCCACUUGUAUCCUUGGAAUGUUUUAUUUUUAUUUAGAAAAAAAAAAUAUAUAUAUAUAUAUAUAUA